AUGUCUGACGACGACACCGAGACGCCCGCCAGCAGCGACCUGCCGGCGGUGGAGGAGUCGGAGCUGCCGGUGAUCCAGCUGUGCAGCCUGGUGGAAGAGCUCAGCUAUGGAAACUCUGCUCUUAAAAUUGAGACAGAGAUGUUUGAGAAAUAUUACAAUAAACUGGAAUCCAGGGAACAGCGACCUCUACAACUAUCCGAAAUUCAAAAGUCAGUAACAGAGUUUGCGCAGGCACGAGGCAGGCACAGGUCCAAAUCCCGCUCAGGUAUGGAACAUGUGGGAACCCUCAGCGUUGACCAGAAAUUUGAGUUUGUACGAAAGGAGCUGGAAGACACGAAGGAGGAAAUAAGGCGCCUGAGGGCAAAUGCCGAGCGGGACCUGCAGCAUCACGAGGCUAUCAUUGAGGAAGCGGAAAUCCGAUGGGCUGAAGUUCGGAAAGCCAUGCAAGAGUUUGAAAGAGAUAUUCUAAAAACCAUAUCCAAGAAGAAAGGGAGUAUUUUGGCCACUCAGAAAGUGAUGAAGUACCUUGAGGACAUGAACCACCAGAGGGAUCACAUGAAAGAUAAAUUAUGUUUGAAAAACGUUUCUCUCAAAGUCCUGAGGAAACAGAUGCUUCUACAACUGAGGCAGAAGGAGGAGGUGGGCGAGGCCCUCCACGACGUGGACUUCCAGCAGCUGAAGAUCGAGAACGCUCAGUUUUUAGAGACCAUUGAAACGAGGAAUCAAGAGCUGAUCCAGCUGAAGCUGGCAUCUGGAACCACCCUGCAGGUCCUCAACUCCUACAAAACCAGGCUACACCGAGCAAUGGAAAUGUCCAUCAAUCUGGAAAAGGAGAUAUUGCUGAGAAACGAGCUACUUGAAAAAAUUGAAAGAGAAACUCUACAAGUAGAGGAGGACCGGGCCAGAGCCGAGGCUUUGAAUACGAAGCUGCGGAAGCAGCUGGCCGAGUUCCGAGCGCCGCCAGUGAUGCUGUACGUCAAGGAGAAGAUCCUAAACGGGGACCUGGAGAAGACCAUCAGGAUGUGGGAAAGGAAAGUGGAGAUUGCAGAGAUGUCCUUAAAAGGCUACCGCAAGGAUUGGAAUAAGAUGAAAACCACCCAUGAGCAGUUGCUGGAAAACCUCCCCCCUGGGAAAUAGCCAGAUGGAGGCCGAGGCUGCAGACUAAAACGUGAUCCAUUAAAACAA